UAUGUUUUCAAAAACAAGUAGCAGAGUGCAGACACGAAACAGUUUUUGAAAAAUAAAAGAGAAACCUAAGCAGAAACCAGAUUCUACAAUACCAUAGAAUUCCUCUUGUAUUCUCUUACUUAGAUGUUAAUACCGCUAGUUGUAUAAAAUUCUUCUCAUUCUAGCUGUUGGGCACAUUGUGAGAGGGACACCCAACACUUCAAAAUACAUCAAGUCAAAAAAAAAAGCAGCCGGCGUAAGCUCUCACCAUGCAUGGAUCCAGAAAAAGGCCAAACCACAAGGUCUACGGUACUUAAUUGUAAGCAAAUUUCUAUAAAUACUACCAUCAAAAUAUCUCAAUAUACAUCACAUAUGCUUCCUAAAAUGAAGCCCUCUCUAGUUUCGAUUCUUUCAUUCUCUCUCUUAAUCUUUGUCUCUACAUCUCUCUCCGAAAGAUGCAACCCAAAUGACAAAAAAGCUCUCCUAGAAAUCAAGAAGGCACUUGGCAAUCCCCGUGACUUGAUUACAUGGGAUCCCAAAACCGAUUGCUGUGAUGAAUGGGCACAAUCCACUCUCUCGUGUGAUGACAACACCAACCGAGUUACUUCCCUUAGCCUCAUCAGGAUUCAGGAUGCCGGCUACCUCUCACCAACCAUCGGAGACCUCUCGUAUCUCCAACAUUUGGACAUCACCAAAAUGUACAAUCUUUCAGGUCCAAUUCCUCUCACAAUAGCCAAACUAACGAAUCUCGCAUUCUUGAGAAUCACUCAAACAAACAUUUCAGGACCGAUCCCUGAGUUUCUUGGUACUAAGUUGCAAAGCCUAACACACAUUGACUUGUCAGACAACAACCUUGUAGGUACAAUCCCUCCUUCACCCUCCCAACUAUCAAACUUGUCGUACCUUCGUUUAGACAGGAACAAUCUCACUGGAACAAUCCCAGAAUCAUUCGGAAAAUUAGCUCCAAAACUUGAGUUUCUUUACCUUGGACGUAACAAACUAAGUGGAGUUGUACCAAGGUCUUUUACUGGAUGGAGCUUUGAGACACUUGACUUAUCCGCGAACAAGCUUGAAGGAGACAUCUCUUUUUUGUUUGGCGAAGAUUCAAAUACAUUUCAAUUGUAUUUGUCCAGGAACAAGUUUGAAUUCGACUUUUCAAAGCUAAAAUUCGGGGAGAAGUUAGUGAGUUUAAAACUGAAUCAUAACAAUAUUUAUGGUGACUUUCCAGCAGGCUUUGCUAGUAGACCAUGGCAAGAGUUCAAUGUGAGUUACAACAAUCUGUGUGGGAGAAUUCCACAAGGUGGAUAUAUGAUCCGGUUUGAUAUGUAUUCAUAUAUCCAUAACAAAUGCUUGUGUGACUAUCCGCUGCCUCCCUGUAAAUCAUCAUGAUGAUCAAUAAACGGCAGCCCAAUGUACUAGAGCUCCUGCUAAUUGUGAUGAACAAUAUGCAAGCAAAUCCAAGAUUACAUUGUCACAAUAUCUUUUUCAAGAUAAGCCAUUUGGGGGAUGGUUGGGUAGGUGAGGCUCAUACAAGUGGAACUAUGGUCCCAUUGCAGUUCUGUUUCCUUACCCCCUUCCCCUCUUUCAUCUUUUUGAAUUUGUCAUUUUCUCACA